AUGAGUAGUUUGAACAUUUUCUCGGUCCCUCCGACCGACUACGAUCUGCAGGGGUACAAGAUGGUACCCUACCACAAAUUGAGUACCAGCAUCACACCCAUGAAGUUCUCGGUGCAGGCCUUGGAAGAUUAUGUGGAUUUGAAUCGCAGUUAUUUCGUCAUUGACCUGCGGUUGUACUCGUCGGCCCAGAACGGCAUCGUGGCCGAUGCCAAUUCGGCGUCGGAUGCCAACGACACCAAGUUCGUGUACGCCGUCAACAACUUGGCCCAUACCAUCUUCAAGCAGAUCAACUUGCGGUUCAAUGGCACCCUGAUGACCGAACAGACCGACACCUACGCCUACUCGGCCUAUUUCCAGACGCUGCUCAACUACAGCCGCGACGAGGGAGAAACGUUGUUGGUCCCCCAAGGUUGGGUCAAUUUCUUGAACGUCACGGCGUCGUUGGCGGCCGCGGGCGUCAACGACGACAUCAGUACCACGGCGAACUGGGCCCACGGGGACACCAACCUGCUCAAGACCCUGACCACCCCGUUCCGAGGCAACAACGUGGUCCGUUUGGUCAUGCGACCGUACCUGCCCGCCUUCCACACGGGCAAGAUCAUGGUGCCCGGGGUGGAAAUGAAUUUCGAAUUGCACUUCAACAGUCCCGAUUUCUAUACCUUUAGCACCCUAACCAGUGGCACCGGCGUCAAGCGGUACGUGACGUUGCGAGAGCAAGAUGUGGACAUCACCUUGCACUUGUGCCGACUGAACCUUAACCCGGAUGUCUACGGGUCCCUAGAAACUCAGCGUAAGAUCCGAAAGCAGGUGGUCAAGUACCCGGUGGUGAGGGAUCAGAUUCGCUCGUUCACGUUCAACGGGACCACCACCGUGUGGCAGCAAGAUAACUUGUUCUUGGGCAAAGUCUCCCAGCGCAUGAUCGUGGGGAUCUUGGACAGCACGGCCUUCAAUGGGAACAAAGAAAAGUACCCGUUUGCCUUCCAGAAGAAAGGGGUGACGUCCGUGCGUCAGUUUAUCGAGGGGGAAGAGUACCCGUACGUCGCCCUGGAACUGAACGGGGCCAAUGACCGCAAAGAUCGACUGGGGUAUUAUCGGUUCAUGGAAGCCGCCGGGGCCGUGCCCAAACAUCGCGAGUUCAUGGUCAAACCGGACGAGUGGGGGCAAGACAAGAAUUGUACCCUGUUCAUGUGCAACAACGUGCCAAGCGGGGAUGCGGAUGGACCCAAACUCAAUCCCAAGCAGACCGGUAACGUGCGUCUGGAGAUCAAGUUCAGAGCGGCCCUGAACGCCAACAUCACCAUCUUGGUGUGGGCGGAAUAUGAAAGCGUCAUCUACAUCGAUCACCUGGGUGCCGUGACGUAUGAUACCACCGUGUAA